AUGCUCUUCGGAAUCUUCUUCGCCUUCUGGCGCUUCCUCGAGAUCAUCACUCUGAUCCCGACUCUCAGCAUGCUCGCCUGGUUUGUCCACAUCUACUCCUCCCACAAUUCCUUGACACCCGACUACAUCCUCGUCCUCUUCAUCGUCUCUGUCCUCGCCGCCGCCUGGGCCAUCUUCACGCUCUUCUCCUACCACCGCUCGAAAUCAAACGCGCUCUUUGUCUCCUUCAUCGACCUGUGCUUCGUCGGUGCCCUCAUUGCCAGCGCCUACGAGCUGCGUUUCGUCUCGCACCAGAGCUGCGUCAACAUCGACUCCACGGGGCCCUACGCCAUCACCUUCGGCGACUUUAGCGCCACCGUCACGGGCAUCACCGUCAGCGCCAGCAAGACAUGCACGAUGUUGAAAGCCUCCUUCGCCUUCGCCAUCAUGAACUGCAUCUUCUUCUUCUUCACCAGCUUCUUAGCCAUGCUAGUUGGUCGCCGCCGCGUCGAUCGCGACGAGAAGGUCGUCGUGACGGAGACGCACCGCUCGAGGCACAGCCAGAGGAGGAGCGGCAGCCAUCGCAGCCACCGGAGCGGUCACUCGAGGAGGAGCCACGCCUACGUCUAA